AUGGUAUUAAACGUUCAAAAAGACUCCUUAGUUACACUCAAUGAUGGCAACAAAAUCCCAGUUUCUGGGUUUGGCUUAUACUUGACACCUCCAGACGAAACAUUCAAGUUAACUUAUGAAGCGCUAAAAGCAGGGUAUAGACAAAUUGAUAGUGCAAAGCUUUAUGAUAAUGAAAAAGAAUCUGCUGAAGGUAUUGCAAAGUUUUUAAAAGACUUCCCAAAUGUGAAGAGAUCCGAAAUUUUUUACACCACAAAAAUCUUCAAUGACGCUCAUGGUUACGAAGAAGGAAAGAAAGGUAUUCAAGAAUCUUUAGGAAGGGUUGCUCCAUAUAUUGAUUAUAUUGACUUGUUGUUGAUUCAUACUCCUAUAUCAAAUAAAGAGAAAAGAUUGGGUGCUUGGAAAGCCUUGCAAGAAGCUGUAGAAUCUGGAAAAGUCAAAUCUAUUGGUGUUUCAAAUUAUGGUACACAACAUCUUGAUGAACUAUACAAUUGGGAUGGUUUGAAAAUCAAACCUUCUAUCAAUCAAUUAGAGUUACAUCCAUGGCUACCAAGAAAGGAUUUGCAAGAAUAUGGUAAGAAACAUGGUUUUUACCUUCAAGCUUAUGCUCCAUUAACUCAAGGUCAAAAGUUUAAGGAUCCAGAUGUUGUUGCUAUUGCAGAAAAACAUGGUUAUACUGCACCAGAAGUCUUAUUGGCUUGGUCAUAUUAUCAAGGGUUUAUUCCAAUCGCCAAAACUGCAACUGUCGGGAGAAUUGAAGGCAAUUAUACCACUUUGGAUAGAGUCAAAUUAGACGAUGAGGAUUUGAAAAAAUUAGAUAAACCUGAAAGUUAUGAAUCAUUGACUUAUUGGGAUCCAACCCUUUACAAGGAUGAUGAAAUAAAUGAAUCAAAAUGGAAAAUUUGA